UCUCUUAUUAACAGGAACCUGCCACCAUGGGAUUGCCAUUACCAGCCAAUGUGCUGAAGUGAGCUGGAUUUUCCCUCCGGUUUAACCCCCACCCCUCCUCCAGGGGCCACUCCCCCCUCCAUCCCACCGGAGGACCAGCAAUCAUGGCGGGAAUCAAGCGCGGAUAUGACGGAAAAAUCGCUGGACUAUAUGACCUGGACAAGACGCUCGGCCGUGGCCAUUUCGCUGUGGUCAAACUAGCGCGUCACGUCUUCACUGGUGAAAAAGUGGCAGUCAAGGUGAUUGACAAAACUAAGCUCGACACGGUCGCGACUGGUCACCUGUUCCAGGAGGUCCGUUGUAUGAAACUGGUCCAGCAUCCCAACAUUGUUCGGCUCUACGAGGUCAUCGACACGCAGACAAAACUCUACCUGAUCCUGGAGCUCGGCGAUGGUGGUGACAUGUUUGAUUACAUCAUGAAGCAUGAGGAGGGACUGAAAGAAGAGCUGGCCAAGAAAUAUUUCGCCCAGAUCGUGCACGCCAUCUCUUACUGUCACCGGUUGCAUGUGGUUCACCGUGACCUGAAGCCAGAGAAUGUGGUGUUCUUUGAGAAACAGGGCCUGGUCAAGCUCACCGACUUUGGCUUCAGUAAUAAGUUUCAGCCGGGAAAGAAGUUGACCACCAGCUGUGGCUCGCUGGCUUAUUCUGCCCCUGAGAUCCUGCUGGGAGAUGAGUAUGAUGCACCUGCUGUGGAUAUCUGGAGUCUAGGGGUCAUCCUCUUCAUGCUGGUGUGUGGUCAGCCUCCUUUCCAGGAGGCCAACGACAGCGAGACCCUCACUAUGAUCAUGGACUGCAAAUACACUGUACCUGCCCAUGUCUCCAAUGCCUGCAAAGACCUGAUAAACCGAAUGCUACAAAGGGAUCCGAAAAGGCGAGCAUCGCUGGAGGAGAUCGAGAGCCACGCGUGGCUUCAAGGAGUGGACCCAUCUCCAGCCACCAAAUUCAACACCCCACUGGUGUCUCACAAGAAUCUGUCAGAAGAGGAACACAACAGCAUCAUCCAGCGCAUGGUGCUGGGAGACAUAGCCGACAGAGAAGCCAUCAUCGAAGCCCUGGAGACAAACAAGUACAACCACAUCACUGCUACUUACUUCUUGUUGGCUGAACGGAUCCUGAGGGAAAAGCAGGAGAAGGAGGUGCAACCUCGUUCUUCAAGUCCCAGUAACAUCAAGGCCCACUUCAGGCAGUCAUGGCCGACCAAAAACGACAUGCAUCAGGACAUCGAGGACAGCUUAGCCUCUUCAUCCAUCUCUCAUGCUGGAGGCCCACAGUCUCCUGCUCGCAGUACAGACAACCUGCUAAAUGGUCACCGCAAUAAAGGGCUUCUGGAAGUGAUUCAUAGAGAUAUCAGCGAAGCCUCCUGCAGCUUUGCUGCACCUGCAGCUCUGCCCCCAAACCCCCUUAAGCCUGGGGUCAUGGCUUCCCUUGUAUCCGAUUCAUCCAAGCAACGAACCUGCCUGUUUCGGGUGGAAGAAGAUGAGGAGGAGGAAGAAGAACAGAAGCCUUUACCCUUGCCCUCCCAGGUUGUCUUGCGCCGCAAACCAUCGUCCAUCACCAACCGGCUUACGUCUCGAAAAAGCGCCCCAGUUCUCAAUCAGAUCUUUGAGGAGGAAGGUGAAUCAGAUGAUGACUUUGACAUGGAUGAGAGUCUUCCACCCAAGCUCAGCCGGUUGAAGAUGAACAUGGCAUCUCCUGGUACGGCUCAGAAACGCUACCACCGGCGCAAAAGUCAGGGCCGUGGUUCAAGCUGCUCUAGCUCCGAGACCAGCGAUGAUGAUUCGGAGAGCCAUCGCAGACGACUAGACAAAGACACAGGGUUCACCUACAGCAGGAACCGCAGGGACAGUAGUGAGGGUCCACCUGGAAAUUCUGGGGGGAAUGGAGGUGGAAGUAGUGGAGGGCAGAGCAAACCACCUGGGGAAGGUAACUCAGGACCAGACAAGGGCAGCCCUCCAGGAGGAGGAAAUGGUGGGAGUACAGGAGGGGGCAGUGGAGGAGGUGGGGGUACAAAAGGACAAGGAGGCCCUUCCAGCUGUUCCCGUUGCAACAACAAUUCUUCAUCUGGCUCAACACGUAGUGCAGCUCGGAGUGCAGGGGAACUGGUAGAGAGUCUGAAACUCAUGAGUCUAUGCUUGACUUCGCAGUUUCAGCAUCGCAGCUCUGGGGGAGGUGGCGUUGGACGAUUUAUUCUUGAUCCUCAGAGCCUGUCCAGUGUUAAAGUUCAGGAGAAAUCCUCCUGGAAGAUGUGCAUUGGCUCCAGCAACAGUCUAGAAAAAGUGAUCAACCCCGCUUUGAAUGGUAGCGUUGGGGCAAUGGAGCAUUAUCAAGACCAAACGGCGGUCAUGCUAAAUGAACUUGGCCUGGUCAAGGAGAACAGCCUGAACUUGAAAAAUAAUGUUCUCCAGCUACCUCUGUGUGAAAAGACCAUCUCCGUGAACAUCCAGCGAAGCCCCAGGGAUGGGCUACUCUGUGCCUCAGCCCAGGCCAGCUGCUGUCAGGUCAUAUGAUGGCACGGCACAUGGCUGGUUCACAGAGUGGAUUGUUCCUAUUGCCACAUUUGUAGCAUACGAUGACUUGAGUUCUCCACCGGUAGCAGUAAAUGACCUCUCUUGAUCCCAACUUGACCUUUAAACCUGCCUUCAAUGUCGUCUUAAUCAUUCUCACAACUUAUUUAUUAAGUUCUUCUCUCGGACCCAUUGUUUUUAAUGAAGUUCACGCUGCUAUCCUUUUCUGGUCUUGUCUUUAUAUUAAAGUCUAAUUGGGCAAAACAAAUUAUUUAGUAUUUGUUUUCCAAGUCCUGUUAAUUUAGCUGUUUUAGCCCUUGAAAUGAUGUGCUCUAAAUAUGAAUUCCAUGGUUCCAACACCACCCAAUCAGUCAAGAGUUGUGGAAACUGUAUGUAUAAAUAAAUUACCUUUAAUAAAGUGAGAUUUUAAUUAAGACCAACAGUAUGGUAGAACAGAACAUGGCAAUUCAUAAAACAAGCACUUAAACUUAAAAACCUAUUAAUACACCAACUGGUUUUGUAAAUGUUAAGCCCCGAUAUGAUUGUAAUAAGAUGGUAAUACAGUAAAAGCAAUAGUGGAAGUAAAGAACAAUCCAAGGUUAUAUAUAUAUAUAUAUAUAUAUAUAUAUAUAUAUAUAUAUAUAUAUAUAUAUAUAUAUAUAUAUAUAUAUAUAUAUAUAUAUAUAAAAUUCAUAGUGCUGUCUGAUGAGUCUUAAACUGAAAGACCUUUUUGCACCCUUUUUUUGCAAAUUUUUUAAGUGCUACUGACUGACUGUUUUUUUGUCACCAUUUAGAAAUGUUCAGAGUAUAUUAACUUUUGAAGUUAGUGACAAUCAGUUGCAAUAAGAAGGGACAUGUUUAAUGGAUAAUUUCCAAAAGGGGGCUACAGAUAACCCAGAUUAAAAAACAAACAAGUUUUAUUUAAAUAACAUUCACCAUGUUCUUGAUUCACAUCACCUUUUUUUAUUUUAUUUUUUUUUUCAUUUUGAAUAUACGUGCAAUUUAUACGUUCAAGCUGGUAAAUUUUGUAAUUCCAUCUGCGAAAUGCCCUCUCAAGUUAAUAAUGUUUUGCCAAAUUCACAAGCCAGACAGCACUGUGGAGACACCCACACAUAAAUGUGUUCAUCCUAGUUUUUAUCAAAUUAUAAAAUUAAAAUUGCACUUCAUUAUAAGUAGAGUCUACAAUUAGCAUAGUUUGAACACCAUACAAAUCACAGGGGGGAUAAUUAGCCUUUCUGCCAGAGCAAAAUCAGACUCACUGGCAGUGACCGUAUUCAGCUUGUAUAGUACUGAACAUUUUAAUUAGAACUGUCGAGUCGGUACCCCUUUUUCUCAACAUCAUUAUUAAAACGUAAUUUGAAUAGGGAAAUCAUUUUAUCAUUAAGGACUUUUCUUUGGCUUAUUAAAUCAUUUUCGGUUCCAGACCAUAAUAUCUCACUCCUGUUGUUCUUGUACCAUUCAGCUUUGAAUUACUGUAUAUACCAGUCUCAGAAUCGACUGGCCUUGGGGGAUGUUUAUAAGUAUGUACAUAUUUUUUUAGAAGUUUAUUUUUUUGAGAGAACUGCUGAUUUAAAAUGCUGUUUUGGAUGUGAGCCUUGAACUGGCUUAUAGUUGGGAUAGAAUUGGGCUUUUUUGGUCAGCUGGCCACCUAAUAACAGAUAAUUAAAUAAAUGGGAUGUCUUCUAUUCAGUGGAUGGCCACUCUUUCAGGAAAUAUGGCUUCAAGAGUUGGUCACUGGGUGAUCAUCGACUGGUAUAGAAAUACGUCAAAGCUCUACAGGGCUGUGAGUGUGAAAGAAUCGGUUGCAAGAUUUAAAGGGCAUUUGCAAUAAGCUAAGCUAUAAGUUGCAGCUAUAUGUAAAUAUCAUUUUGUUUUGUUUUUAUAUUUCAAAACUGUACAUCCUUCAAAUUGUCCCAAAUUAUCUUAAGUAUUUCUGUUAGUUUUGUAUUUUUGUUUUAUCUUUAAUCUGUAAAUAUUGGUGUAAAUAUGGUGCUCUACUCUUUGAAAAGCAGUGUUGGACUUCUUGUUCAUAGCUGUAAUAUAGCCUUAUUAGAUAUGAGUGUCGAGUAACCGAGCAAGAGAGGUUGAACAGAAAACAGUGCUAUUAUGCAUAAUGUCAGUCUUUGACUUUGUCCUAUGUAAACCGCUAAACGACAUGUGCAUGUGUUGUGCGUUUGACAUUAUUGAUCCACGUUCAUUCAGAGGAAAAGAAUCACCACAAAAUGUUAAAGGACCAAUCCAUGUACUGACAAAAAAAAAGAAAAAAAAAAAGAAAGAAACAUUUUUGAAAAAGCAAAAUCAGUAAAUGUUCUGUUGCUGAAACUUGUCUUUAAAAGUUACAUAUAGUUAUGGUGAUGUCAAAAAUUAAAUGUGAAAUAUGUUGUCUCUAAAA